AUGGAGAUAAAUGUGAAUGUCUCAAAGCUUGUGAAACCUUCAACACCAACUCCAUCAACCCUUCGUAACUUCCACAUCUCUUUCUUUGAUGACAAAUCCGGGAAUGAGAAUGUGCCUUUAAUUCUCUACUACUCUACAUCACAUAAGGAACCAAAUGACGUACAAACCAACAUAUUUAACCAUUUAGAGAUUUCAUUAUCAAAAACUUUAACCGAGUUUUACCCACUGGCCGGGAGAUAUACACGUCACAGUUCGUUCAUCGAUUGUAAUGAUCAAGGCGCGCUAUACAUUCAAGCCAAAGCAAAUUUCCAACUCUCGGAAUUUCUACACCUUAAGUGGGAGUUAAAAUCGGAUAUGCUACAAGCUUUUCUCCCGUGUGACAUUAGAAAGGCCGGUGAAGUUGACGACCCCUUGUUAUCCGUUAAAGUCACGACUUUCGACUGUGGUGGAGUUGCCAUAGGUAUGUGCAUUUCACAUAAAUUUGGAGAUAUGGCCGCCUUUUGCACAUUCAUUAAUAAUUGGGCCACUAGAAGCCGAAAAACAGGCAAUGAGUUAGAAGUAGCAAAAUAUUCUCCUCUCUUCGCUUUGGCUGAUCGUUUCCCAAAACCCGAUCAACAACUUACUGAUGAAGCUUUUGAAAGAUCUCCUUCGGUGAAUAACUCGGUUAUGCGAGUAUUUUCAUUUAAAGGGUAUGCAAUAACAAAGUUAAGAGAAAAAGUCAUGAGUGAGGAUAAUAAUAUAAAGCAUAGGCCUUCAAAGGUACAACUUAUUGUGGCACUAUUAUGGAAGGCCUUGGUUGACAUAGAUAAAGCAAAUGGAGAAUCGAAGGUAUCUUUCGUUAGCCAAGUAGUUAACUUGAGGAAUGUACUCGUUCCUAAGGCACCCGAAAACUUUUGUGGUAACUUUGUUACUUUCGCUAAUGCGCAAAUUAAGGUUAGCGAAGGAGACAACAUGGUCGAUCUUCCUUUAAUAGUUAAGCUAUUACAUGACUCAACUAACAAAACAACAAGUGGUUAUGCUAGAGCUUUAUCACAUCCUGAGAAAGAUUAUGAUUUUUUAUCAAAACCUUUUUCGGAGCGUCUUAAAAGUAUAACUGGUAAUUCUGAUGUAAACGCGUACGUUUUUACUUCAUGGUGCAAAUUCUCAUUCUACACUACUGAUUUUGGUUGGGGUAAGCCUGUUUGGCGAAGUAUAACGGAUAUGAAAACCCCACAAACUGUAGUCAUGAUGGACGAUGAAGAAGGUGACGGGGUGGAAGCAUGGGUUCUGAUGGACAAAAAACGAAUGUGUGAGUUAGAACGAGAUCUCAAUAUAAAAGCCUACAUGGUUUAG